UUCAAAAUUGUCAAAAACAGAUCUAGGGGAUUGGCAGUAGGGUAGUGAGCCUUUAGCAGUCUCAUAAUUAGAUUUCAGUUCUUGGUUGUCUGAUUCAACUCAGAAUCAAUUUUCAAUCCAAAAUGACUGAUUGAUUAUUGAUUAUCGAUUGAAUGAAUAGAAAAGGAGGUACUAUUUCUUUUGUUCCAGUUAAUUGUGUGUAAACCAUUAAUUGGGGUCAUUAACCUUCUGAAAUACAAUAUGACAAACAACUGGAAAUUCAGAUGAAUGAUCUGCAGCCUUUUUAUUUUUAAAAAAAAAACAGCAGUAAUUAAUGACAUAAUCAAUUUGGUAGCAUUCAUGCAUGUAUGUGGAUAACAAAUAAGGGGAAGUGCUCUGCUGUCUUAUUAACAUGACAUUUUUAGGUUUUAUGUUCUGAGUAUUUUGGGCUUUCUUGAUUCAUAAUACAGUGACAUUAAAUGUGAUAUGUGCUGUCAUGAUUUUAUGACAGAAUGAAGAUGAAGUUCAAGUCCUUCUCUCUGUGAAAUGGUCAGACGAUGUUCAACCACAGAAAUGUAAAACAGAGCUGCAGAAACUUCUUCAGACUUGGGACAGCAGUCGUGACAAAGCACAGAACAAAGCUCGAGAAUACACAGUUUUGAAUGUCUUAGAAGAUGGGAGAGCUGUGAUAAGGAUUGGACCCCCUCCAGCUGUGAGUGAGCUUCAGAAGCUGAGUGGGCAGACACUGAAGGGGAAAGAUGGGAAAACAGUGACGAUAACAUCUAUCAGUCUGACUCUGCCAGAGCUGGGGAUACAAACACCGGACAACACUUCGAUGAGCCGUCCUCACUCAGCUGUGUCAGAGCAACAACAUGUAAAAGGACAAGUUGGGGAACAAAGUCCCAUGAUUAUAUCUUCUUCUACUGUCAUGAAGCCCACAGACAAAGCUUCAGAGAACCUUCCUUCUUCAUCUGUGUCAGAGCAACAACAUGACCAAGAGCCACCAGUGGAACAAAGUGGUUCCAGCAGUUCAGCCGCAGUAUCUACAAGAGAAGAGAAGAUAUGUUGUGUUCUCCCAGUGGUCCACUUCUGGUACGUGAACCACAUCUUCAAGGAGGACAUUAAACGCAUCGAGAGAAGGCAUGGAGUUAAAAUGAAUGUGGAAGUGAAUGUGACCUUUGUAGGAGACCAAAAAGACGAAGGCCUGACAGAAGCUCAGUCUGAGUUUACUGACCUCGUUAUGAAGCGUUUAGGUGAAUUUGAUGGCUCAGUUACUCCUCUCAAGUCCGUAAAUACAGAAGAGUUCAAGGACGCACUGAAAAUGAUCCAGAGACCUGAGAACAAGCUUCUGGUUUCUCUUUCUUCUGAUGAAAUGACCAUAUAUGGGCCAAAACCAAUUCCAACUGCCAUCAGCAAGUCCUUAAAUGCAGCACCCACAUCCUCAGCAAAUACCUACAGCUCUGCCGCAGAGUCUCAAGUCAGAUCCCUGAACAUUGGCAGGAGCAUCAAUGACCGUCUUGUAAAUAAUGGACUGAACAUGCACGAGAGCCACUGGAAGCUGAUGACAGCUUCCUUCAGUGAUAACAUAGAUAAGAUUAAAAAAAAGUAUGGUGUGGACUUUAAGGAUUCAGGCAUCCAUCAUGGCAAAGUCAAUGUCAAAGCUCAUUAUAAAAGAUCUGGAGGAAACGCUUCAAUGGAGAGCCAUGCUGUCAGAGCUCUGCUUCAUCUGUGCCAGAAGAUCGCCACAUCACCCAAGAACAUCACCCAACACCGAGGUGCCACAGGGUUCAGUGGCUCCACUAAGAAUUCAAGCAGUCUGUCAGACAGCCAAUCAGAAUACAGCACUCGCAAAACUGAAGAAUCGGCAGGGAAGGGAGCAACAGCAGGAGACAACGCAGAUGAAGAAUGUCCCAUAUGCAAAGAUACGUUUAAGAAUAAGAAACAGCUUAAGUGUAAACAUGAGUUUUGUGAGGAAUGCCUGGAAGAGUCAAAGAAACACAUGGGACCAGUGUGUCCUGUAUGCAAAGAUGUCUUUGGUGUGAUAGAGGGAACUCAGCCAGAUGGAAAAAUGUCAUCGUAUAAAAGUACCUUAUCUCUCCCUGGAUUCGAAAACUGUGGCUCUAUAGUCAUCAGCUAUUAUUUUCCAAGUGGAAAACAAACGGAAAGGCAUCCAAAUCCUGGACAACGUUAUGAUGGUACAAGCAGAACAGCAUAUCUGCCAGACAACAAAGAGGGUAAAGAAGUGCUCGGCCUGUUAGAGAGAGCGUUUGACCAGAGGCUCAUUUUCACUGUUGGGACGUCCACAACAACUGGGAUAGAGAACCAGGUGACCUGGAAUGACAUUCACCACAAAACCUCAAUGACUGGAGGACCACAGAGGUUUGGGUAUCCUGACCCUGACUACCUGAGAAGAGUCAGAGCUGAGCUGAAGGCUAAAGGCAUCAAGUGAAGACUUUGAUACAAAGAUGCUGAAGAGAGUUGUUUUAACACAAAAAAAUCAAGAUAAUCAUUUAAACAAUCACAGAUUAUUGUAUUAUAUUGUCUCUCGUGGUUAUCAGUAAGGGUUGAUUUGAGAUGCACCAAAUAUUACGGUUUAGCAACAUAUAUCAGCUUCACCUAUUAAGCAUACUGUUUUUUGAUGGAGUUUCUCAAUUUUUUGUUUAUUGAUACAUUUUCAGUUUAUAACAGUAUAAGAAUAAAAGAAAAUGCAUUUAUAAAUGUAUCUUUAACAGUCUAAAGUCUGUAUGAUCUAAAUUACGGCUUGCCUAAUAAAUGAUUUAAUUGACCCA